CAAUACUCAGCAAUAAAUUUAAUAAAAUCACGAUAUAAAGAUAUGAUCCUCUGCGCCGCUUCACCUUUCAUGAACACCACAAUUCCUAGUCUUCUGCAAUCGUGCGCCACUCCUCUUUCCACAGUUUUUUCCUCUCCAUUUUCAUGGAAACCUCUCUCUCUUGGCUUUCCCACAGUCAGAGCGUCGCCAUCGGUGGAAAAGAAGGCCACCUUUGCGAGCAGGCGCCCUGGAUUUUACAGGGAUUCAAAUGCAGAGGACAACAAGUUCAGAGAAGCCACAACGUCGUGGUGGUCUCCUUCCUCUGAUGAUUUGGACUCGGAUGAUGAAGAUGAAGAGGAGGAUGAUGUUUCUGAGCAGCCAUGGGAGAGCUUUGGAAUCAUCAAGGUUGUCUUUGGAAAUGCCGCCAUGCCGCAAUUUAUCGAAUGGCAACCUGCUUAGGUUACUUUUGCUAUACUACAAGUGAGAGUCGACUUUGUGCUAGCUACAGACUUAGCUAGCAUCGCAUUGGACGGUGUGAGUGGCCAGGGGGUUCGCCUGGGUAUCGUAGGGUAAAUAUGAAUUACAUUAAUUCUACCUUUGUUCUGCGCAGGAAACUCAUGGAUUUGAGUUAGAGUAAGUAUUGUAAGGAUGAUCACAUGUGGUCCUUGGUUUGGUAAAUGAGGGGCUUGUCUUUCUUGUCCAUGCAUAUCAAUGGCUCCUUGAUUCUUGUCAUUUGUUGGUGGUGGAGAU